AUGAGCAAACACGCACCUUUUGCUGAGGUACAGGCCUCUCGACCGGACUAUGAUGCAAAGGAUGUCUUCAGUAUGACAAAGUCUCCCAAUCCUGAUUGGAAGCCUGGUCAGAAGCAGGACGCUAUUCUCGAAAACGAAGGUUUCACUGCCGAUAGCCCUUUCAGAGAGGUCGAGCCAGGCAAGGACCUCGACAACGCCGCGAUGUACAAGAUGAUGACAUGGGGAAUCACGCCCCGGCCAGUGGCUUUCGUCUCGACCAUGGACAAGCAGGGAAGGACCAACCUGGCCCCUAUUUCCUGGUUCAACCACGUCGCUGCCGAUCCUCCAUCGAUCAUGAUCUCCAUCGUCAAGGGGAACCGGCCGUCGGGACGCAAGGACACUUCGGACAACAUCCUCGAGCUCAAAGAGUUUUGUGUGUCGCUGAUAUCCGAGCCGUUCGUCGAGGCGGCCAAUUACGCUGCGAUCGAUGCGCCCGAGGGACAGUCAGAGUGGCCCUUGACGGGGUUGACCCAGCGGGAGUCUCGCCACGUCAAGGUCCCUCACGUAGCCGAGUCCGCAUUCUCGAUGGAGUGUCAGCUCAUGCACCACCAGCCGAUCCAGAACGACGCUGGCGAUACGACGCAAAGCGUAUUCAUCGCCAGGGUCCGCAAGUUCCACAUCAAGGAGCACGUGAUCGACCCGGAUGAUACGGACAUCAAGAUUAUGCCGGAAAAAUUCAAGGUUGUCGCCAGGUUGGGAGGCUGGACGUACGGUCGCGUCACAAGUGGUUACGAGGUUCCGCGGCCGGUCUGGGCAAGAGAGAAGGAUGAUUUGGAACGACGCGGGUUAGUCAAAGAGGAAUAGAGUGUCUCGAUUACCAGUCGGAAGAGUUCUCAAUGCUGGACUUGUAGAAUGAAUGGCCAGCAGUCGCCAGGUUCCAAGCUCUCAAGGCAGCCCACCCGCAUCAUGUUUGUAGCAAUCCUCCAUAUCUACCAGGGACUUUCUUCCCUUCAAAUGCGCCCUGAGUUCUGUGCCGACUCGGUCCGAAUGCCCCAUAUAUCUUCAAUGAUCAAUGAACCGCGUUUCGACUACCAAGUCCUUGGUCAAGACCUCGAAGUCGUUGCUGCUAUUUUGAAAGCCUCCGACGUCUGCAAUCCCCCGAGACCGACCAAUUGACCGGCGCUAAACUGGGAUGGAACACCGAAUCAGUACAUCGCUCUGCAUCUUUCGGAUCACCUGCCAUUGAUCCCUGGUCUAGUCUGACCAGCUUGU